AUGGAUCAGGGGCUUUUGGAGGACUUCGGUCAGAGGAUCGACCUCACCCGGAGGAUCCGGGAGGUCUUGGUGAACUAUCCGGAGGGAACCACCGUGCUCAAGGAGUUGAUUCAGAAUGCCGACGACGCCGGUGCUACUAAGGUGCGCUUCUGCCUGGACCGGCGAUCGCACGGCGUGUCGUCACUGCUAUCAGACAAGCUGGGUCAGUGGCAGGGACCGGCGCUUCUGGCCUACAACGAUGCCGUAUUCACGGAGGCUGAUUUUGUUAGCAUCUGCAACAUCGGGGACAGCAAGAAGCAGGAUCAAGUGUGGAAGACGGGGCGUUUCGGGUAGUUAUGCAAACUUGUCCUUUUUCCUUUGUAAUCUCAGAACUGGAUAAAUGUUGUCGUUACUUCUGUCAUGUCGAAUGGGCGACAUCUAAUUAUUGCUCCGAAUUGUACGCUGUAAAAAGGGUCUAAUCUUUCUUAAUCACGACCCGUAAAUAAGUAAGAAUGUGUUUAAAUAUUUCUCUAUCGAGCUUCCGGAUUAAGGAAGGCUAGUAGACUUGUGAAGCCUCGCGAAUUGCUCUUGCUUUUAAUUUUUAAUUCCAUGGAACACUCGUUGCCAUUUUAAUCCCAUUCACGCCUAUAAUAUAUUGACAUCGUUUAUCUACGGGUCUUUGCGAAAUUAAAAGCUCUCAAGGUCACCUUAAUAUUUCUCAUCGCUUUAGCAGAUGGGUCUUUGCGAAAUCUCAAGAUCACCAUCCAAAACUAGCGACAGAGUGGAAAUUGAUAUUUUAUAGGAAAUUAUUUUCGACGACUAUUAUGUAGAGCUGUAAUCUGUUAAAGCAGUGGGAUAAUUUUUCGACAAAAUUUGCUUGGGAAGAACAGGCUUAAUGCUCUCUGAGCCUGUAGCUAAAUACAUUGACAUUUGAUGCAGUCACGUAAAUUUCCUUGACAGAGCAUUGUUGGAAUUGUUUUUCUAACUCUACCGUGAUUAUCUGAAUUCGGAUCCCGUAAUAAUCUAGAAUCCCUGAGUAGUAUGCCUGAUAUAAAGACCACCUGGUUGUGGAAGUUUCUUGUAAUUGGUUUCCUCUAGCUUUGUUGGAAAUCGAGAACCUAAUGUUGUGAAGAGACGGAAUUUUCGCAUCCCUGAUGAGUAAUUUACUUGUAAUGCUUAUUGGUUCCUGAUCAUACCAUGGGAUCGUAGUUAAUAUAAUUUGAUCCAUGUAAUGCUUAUGAUAAUAUUCAAAAUUGCAUUUUUAUUUAAUUUUAUGCUCAAUUAAAUUUUAUUUUUUUCUCAGGCUUGACUUUUUUUGUAUCCUUGGCAUUCUUUGUGUGGAAUACAUCUCUUUCGAAAAUGCAGCACAUACUGGCUAAUGUUUUCUUGCUUUCCUUGUGCAGAGUGGGAUUCAACUCAGUUUACCAUCUGACAGAUUUGCCAUCUUUCGUGAGUGACAAAUAUGUGGUGUUAUUUGAUCCGCAGGGUGAAUAUCUUCCUAAUGUUGCUUCUUCAAACCCUGGAAAACGUCUUGAUUUUGUUAGUUCUUCAGCUAUAUCAUUUUAUAGUGAUCAGUUCCUUCCAUAUUGUGCUUUUGGAUGUGACAUGAAGAGGCCUUUCCUUGGAACUUUGUUUCGAUUUCCUUUGAGAAGUUCAAGUCAGGCAGCAGUUAGUAAACUAUCAAGACAAACAUACGUAGAAGAUGACAUUAUUUCCAUUUUUUCUCAACUUUACAAAGAAGCAGUUUUUGCUAUGCUUUUCCUCAAAAACAUCAUCUCAAUUGAGAUGUACGUAUGGAAUAAUGGUACAGAUGAACCACGAAAAGUUUAUGCUUGCUCUAUCAAUUCAAUAAAUGAAAGUAUGACUCAGCAUCGCCAGGCACUUCGAAGGCUGUCUAGAUCAAUUGAAAUGGGCAAAAGAGAGUUUGAGUCGUUUUCCUUGGAUUUUUUAAGCGAAACACUUGUUGGAACACGAUUAGAGAAGAAAAUUGUUACUUUUUUCAUUGUGCAAGCAUUAGCAUCAUCGUCUAGUAGAAUUGGUGCCUUUGCUGCCAAUGCUGCCAAGGAAUAUGAUAUUCACCUUCUUCCUUGGGCAUCUAUUGCUGCUUGUAUAUCAGGUGGCUUAGCUGAGGUAUGUUAUCUCAUCUUGUGUGAUUACAAUCGAUGGUUUUCGUACUCUUUGGUUCUAUAUAAAUGAUGGACACUUCUCAUUGGCGUUCUUAGUUUCAUUUUUGUAUGCACAACAUGUGGAUUUCCUAUUCUUAAAUUAUUUGCUGCUUAUUAUUUUGCCAAAAAGAAGUUUUUAAUAUAUUUCCCUCUAUGUUUUGUCGUCAUAGUGACAACAGUAAUGUCAUAUGCUCAACUGACAUUGAGAAUUUAAACCAGUUCCUUUUUAGCAAAAAUGGUCAUCUCUGGACAAACAGGUCUAGAAACGAUUUUCAGCAAAAAGUAUCUGGUGAAAUAGGUUUCCACUGCAGAAUAUUUUAUUAGUGCACUCUUCAGUAGUUACAUUAGCAGCACAGAUCCGGUUCCCAUGCUGCUGUUGUUUGACCUGAAUUUUUUCGCCAGAGCUCAUCAGGUCAGUCUUAGCUCUUUUUUAACAGUCUGCUGUUGUUUGACCAGCUGGUUGAUAUUAACUGCUUCGGAUCUAACUAGUUGACAUUAAUGAACCUCAAGAAAGAUCUGCCUUUGCAGUGGCUUAUUGUGAUAUAAAACUGCUCACAUUUCCAUUGGAUAUGUGGACCGUCAUUAUCAAAUGAUGCUUAUACUAUGCAGGUUUGGAAUGAAUCGGUGAGAGAGUUUGAUUAUGUUUGUAAAAAUGGAAAUCAAAACUCCUCUUAUCUAAUGGACAGUGGGACUUUAUCUGAUGGUUGAACAUUAGCUAUCCACUUCGUGCUUGUUUUCAAAAGAUCGAGUAUUAUUGAGAAGGUUCAAGAUUUCAGAGGCUCUUUCUUUUGUCAGUGGUGGGGUAUUAAUGAUCAGAAGGUGUUAUAUCUAUUUUAGUGGGAUGAACAUGCAUAUGCCAAAAAGGUAGCGAAACGAUUGAUCAAAUAGUCUUGUAAAACUCUAUUGCACAUGCAGUUAUGGAGGUUGGGGGAGAGGGAUGCUUUGUGGCAAACAUCAUGUAGAUGAGUGCAAUCUCCCUCAGGAGUCUGGUUUUACAUGUGGUCAUGGGACCAUUGUACAUGGAACUAAAUUGCGGCCAGAUCGGCCAAGGCCAAUUAGAUCUAGGCCAAGAUGGGAUUGACCCCAUUGGAUGAUUAAAGUUUUUUAUGCAUGUACGGUCAAGCUAUUUGAGCCAGAUUCUUAGCAGAGUUACUUUUUAUGUGACAAGAUAGUUUAUAAUUUCCUUCAUACCUUGUUCCUAGCUUGUUCUUAUCUCCUAUCUUCAUUUCCUUUUUCUUUCCAUUCUUCCCCUUCUUCUACCUCUCUUGCUAGGGUUUUGUUCAUCUAUUUUGGGUGUUAUUUUGGUCGCCUGUUUUUUCUGUUAGGAAGAAUAGACAUGCUGCUGACUGUUGGUAACCAUUUGUGGACUGGAGCCAGGUUCAUAGACAAGGAUUAGUGUUUUCUAAUUGCUUUAAGAGUCAUAUUCUUUUUGGCUUGAAUGUAUUUCGUUAAAUUUUACCAUGUGGGUUAAUAUUUCCUCUUAAAUUAAUGGCCUUUUUUCAAUCUUACAGGAUGAUGUUCUUAAACAAGGCCAGGCAUUCUGCUUCCUUCCUCUGCCUGUGAAAACAGGCUUGAAGGUGCAGGUGAAUGGAUAUUUUGAAGUUUCCUCCAACCGUCGGAGCAUAUGGUAUGGGGAUGAUAUGGACAGAGGAGGAAAACUUCGAUCUGAGUGGAAUAAACUUCUAUUGGAAGAUGUUGUCGCACCAGUCUUCGGUGAGUUACUCGUUCGUCUCUCCAAGCAAUUGGGUCCCAGUGAGUUGUAUUACUCUUUAUGGCCCUUCGGUUCAUUUGAUGAGCCAUGGAAGUUUUUAGUGGGCCACAUUUAUGAGAACGUUGUUUCUAGCCCGGUUAUUUACUCUGAGAUUGGAGAGGGUACGUGGUUAUCACCCCUUGAGGCUUUUUUCCACGAUGUGCAGUUCUGUAGGAGCAGUGCCCUUGGUGAUGCUCUUGUCUCUCUUGGGAUGCCCAUUGUUUCUCCACCCAAGUUAGUGGUUGAAAUGAUGUUUCAUUGUGUUCCACGUUUAUGGCAGAGGGCAGUCACGCCUGCAACUGUAAGGCGUUUCCUUGAGAAAUCUGGACUCCUAACUCCAGUGAAUCGACAUCACAGAUUAGUACUUUUGGAGUAUUGUCUUAGUGAUCUAACAGAUGCUGAAGUGGGACAACACCUACAUGGGCUUCAAUUACUACCAUUAGCAGAUGGCGGGUUUGCAUCUUUUUCUGAAACUUCAACUGCACCUUCUAUUUUCGUAUGCGACGAAUUUGAAUACAGGUUGCUUGAAGGGGUCUCUGAUCAAGUAGUUGACCGUAGAAUUGGUUCUGAAUUGUUUGAAAGACUCUCUGGAGUUGCAACAGCCUCAACAACCAACAUUAAAAUGUUUAAAGCUCAAAAUUUCCUCCAGCUUCUUCCCAGAUUUUUCCCCAUUGAAUGGAAAUAUAAGAUUGGAGUGCCUUGGAAUGGACAUUCUGAUUCGAACCAGCCAACAUUGUCUUGGUUCAGGCUUUUCUGGCAGUAUCUUUGUAUGUAUUGCCACGAUUUGUCGAUCUUUAGUGAUUGGCCCAUCUUGCCUUCUACUUCAGGGCACCUCUACAGAGCUUCAAGAUUCUCAAAGUUGAUGAAUUCAAAACACCUAUCAGAUCCAUUGAAGAAUAUUCUCGUGAAGCUUGAUUGCAAGAUACUAGACCAAAAUUAUGGUAUUGAUCACGAGGACUUGCACCUGUAUGUUCACGAAGCUAAUGGGGGCGGUGUCCUGAAUGCAAUUUUAGACGUUCUUCCUACGGGUGAUGCUAUGUUUCAAAUGCUUUUCCAGAAUCUUUCGUCUGAUGAGAAAACUGAGCUUUGUAAAUUUCUUCUCGAUCCUAAGUGGUAUUACGAGGAUCUUAUGGAUGACUCCCAAAUCAGUGAUUGCAAGAAGCUACCUAUAUUCAGGGUCUACAAUGGACUUUCUGCAACCGUGUUUUUUUCUGAUUUAGAAAGCCCGAAAAAAUACCUACCACCGUGUAAUAUUCCAGAGCAUAUACUUGGAGGCAAUUUUCUUUGGUGUUAUUCCCAUAUAGAUGAGGAAAUUUUGGGAAAAUAUUUUGGAAUCAGACACAUGGAGAAGACCGUAUUUUACAAGGAAAAUGUAUUUAAUAGAAUUUCUGAGUUGUCAUUCGAGAUUUGUAAUCAGGUCAUGAUAAAUAUUUUACAUGAUCUCCCUCAGCUAUGCUCCGAUGAUUCAUCGUUUAAAGAAACAUUGAGCAACUUAGAAUUCGUGCCAACAAUUAAUGGGACUAGAGAGAGCCCGCGAUCUCUAUAUGAUCCUCGUGUUGAGGAACUGUAUGGUCUUCUAGAAGAUUUUGAUUGCUUUCCUCAUUGUUUAUUUCAAGAACCUGGCAUACUGAGCAUGCUGCAAUAUUUGGGCCUUAGGACGUCAGUUUCAUCAGAAACAAUUAUCCAGAGUGCCCGUCAUAUUGAGUCAUUGAUGCAUAGUGAUCCGUUAAAGGCAUAUUCUCGGGGCAAGGUCCUUCUUUCUUACUUAGAAGUUAAUGCUAGUAAGUGGGUGCGUAAGCCACAUUUUGACGGUGAGAAAAAAAUGAGCAGGAUGCUCUUAAAAGGUGCAUCAAGUUUUAGGCCUCAUGAUAUGUUUUUGGAGUCGGAUACGGAAAAGUUCUGGAAUGAUCUAAAAAUGAUAUCUUGGUGCCCGGUUCUGGUCACGGCUCCAUUUUCAUCUCUUCCUUGGCCCUCUGUAUCGUCUAUUCUAGCACCUCCAAAGGUAGUUAGAUUACCAGUGGAUCUGUGGCUUGUUUCAGCGAGCAUGCGGAUAUUGGAUGGUGAAUGUUCCUCCUCAGCCUUGUCAUCCACUUUGGGCUGGUCUUCUCCUCCGAGUGGAAGCAUAGUAACAGCCCAACUUCUUGAACUGGGGAAAAAUAACGAGAUUGUGACAGAUCAAGUACUUCGGCAGGAAUUGACGGUUGCAAUGCCAAAAAUCUAUUCCCUUCUGAUGGGUUUGAUUGGUUCAGACGAGAUGGAUGUCAUUAAGGCUGUUUUAACAGGGUGCCGCUGGAUUUGGGUGGGGGACGGGUUUGCUACUGUGGAUGAAGUUGUUCUUAGUGGUCACCUUCAUUUGGCUCCAUAUAUACGUGUUAUUCCUGUGGAUUUAGCUGUUUUCAAAGAGCUUUUUUUGGAGCUGGGUGUAGAGGAGUCCCUAAAGCCAAUUGAUUAUGCUAAUAUUCUUUGCAGAAUGAGCAGGAAAAAAGGCAAUGAUCCCCUUGACCGACAAGAGCUUAGUAUGGCUAUAUUUGUUGCGCAACAUCUUGCUGGGGUAUGUCACCAGGGUCUGCACGUUCAAAUUCAUAUACCUGAUGCUUCAUCUAGAUUAUUUCCUGCCUCUGAUCUGGUGUAUAAUGAUGCUCCAUGGCUGCUCGAUCUUGGAGAUGGUUUGACUAGGAAAAUAUCAAAAACCGACUUGUACUCAGAGAAGGAUGUUUGCAAAUUUGUCCAUAACAAUAUCUCCAAUGAUGUUGCCGAAAAACUUGGUGUCCGCUCACUUCGUAGGAUUCUCCUUGCUGAGAGUUCUGAUUCAAUGAAUUUGAGUUUAUCUGGGGUUGCAGAGGCAUUUGGACAGCAUGAGGCUUUGACAACUAGGCUUAAGCACAUUAUUGAAAUGUAUGCAGAUGGACCAGGAAUUCUUUUUGAGCUUGUUCAGAAUGCAGAAGACGCUGGAGCUUCUGAGGUGUCUUUUCUCUUGGAUAAGACACAGUACGGGACCUCAUCUAUUCUUUCCCCUGAAAUGGCUGAAUGGCAGGGACCUGCUCUAUAUUGUUACAAUAAUUCUGUUUUCAGCCCGCAAGAUCUUUAUGCAAUUUCACGGAUUGGUCAGGAUGGAAAGCUUGAGAAACCUCUUUCGAUUGGAAGAUUUGGGCUCGGCUUCAAUUGUGUUUAUCAUUUUACUGAUAUUCCAGGUUUUGUUUCAGGGGAAAACAUUGUGAUUUUUGAUCCUCAUGCAUGCCAUCUUCCUGGGAUAUCCCCAACCCAUCCUGGUUUGAGAAUCAGAUAUGCUGGAAAGAGUAUCUUGGAACAAUUUCCCGAUCAAUUUGCCCCUUUCUUGCACUUUGGAUGUGACUUAAAAAGUUCAUUUCCAGGCACCCUCUUCCGCUUUCCACUCAGGAAUGAAAUUGUUGCUUCUAGAAGCCAAAUAAAGAAAGAGAAAUAUUCACCUGAAGAUGUUCAUUCACUAUUCUUGUCUUUUUCUGAAGUUGUAUCUGAGGCCCUGCUUUUUCUCCGCAACGUGAAAACUGUGUCUAUUUUUGUGAAGGAUGGGCCGGAUCAUGAAAUGCAACUUUCUUACCGUGUUUCUAGGCUUAAUGUCAAUGAACCUGAUAAGGAGCUGCAUCCUCUUCAUAACUUACUUAGCUUUGUUCAUGGAAAUUCAAUGAAUGGAUUAACAGAAGAAAAGUUCUUGGAUAAAUUAGGUAAAACUGUGGACAGAGAUCUGCCAUGGCAUUGUCAGAAAAUUGCAAUAGCUGAAAGACAUAUGUCUAUUGGAAAGUUGCAUUUUUGGUUGAUCAGUGAAUGUAUUGGUGGCGGAAAUGCCAAAGAAAAAUCUCUUUUGUUAGCCAACAGGUCUCAUAAUUUUAUUCCUUGGGGAUGUGUUGCUGCAUAUUUACAUUCUGUUAAUGACAAGGAACUUGUUGACAGUCUCAACGCUGAGGGACAACUUGAUCAUAAAACUUUUAUUCGAUAUCAGCCUACAGAAUAUUUGAUGCAAGAUGUAAAGGAGCUUGUAGGCCGGGCCUUCUGUUUUUUACCUCUUCCGAUUAACACUGGUCUUCCAGUGCAUCUGAAUGCAUAUUUUGAAUUAUCCUCGAAUAGGAGAGAUAUUUGGUUUGGUAAUGACAUGGCUGGGGGCGGAAAAAUACGUUCUGACUGGAAUAGUUCCCUCCUUGUAGAUGUUGUUGCCCCUGCUUACGCACAUUUUCUCAAUGCUGUUGCAUUAGAGAUUGGCCCAUGUGAUCUCUUUUUUUCAUUUUGGCCCACAUUGGUCGGAAUUGAACCAUGGGCUUCACUAGUGAGAACAGUCUACAGAUCUAUUGCUGACCUAGGUCUUUGUGUUCUUUACACGAGAGCUAGAGGGGGCCAGUGGAUUUCAACAAGACAAGGUAUUUUCCCUGAUUUUACUUUUCUGAAAGGAAAUGUUCUUGGAGAGGCACUAUCCGAGUCUGGUUUACCUCUGAUAACCAUCACAAAGCCCAUUGCUGAAAGAUUUGUCAAUGCCUGCCCAUCUUUGCAUGUUCUAAAUCCUCCCUUGCUGAGAAGAUUGUUGAUUAGACGUAAGAGAGAAUUUAACAAGAAGGAUGCAAUGAUGCUGAUGCUAGAAUAUUGCUUGAGUGACAAGGAUGGGUCUGUAUUUUAUGAUGAUUUGUAUGGUAUUCCUUUGGUUCCUCUUGCUAAUGGCUCAUUUACAACAUUCAAGAAGCAUGGAGAGGGUGAAAGAGUAUUUGUUACAUCAGAACAUGAAUAUAAUCUUCUCAGUGAUUUACUUCCACAUCUGUUAGUUGACUACGAAAUUCCUGAAGUGAUCUUCAGAAAACUGCAUAGCAUUGCGGAAUCUGGGCAAUCGAAUCUGUCACUACUGACUUGUUGUUCACUUGUUGAUCUCCUUCCAAGGAUUCUGCCUCCAGAGUGGCACUAUGCUAAGCAGGUAUCUUGGAACCCUGGCCAGGAGGGUCAUCCAACUAUUGAGUGGAUUCAACUUCUCUGGAGCUACUUGAACUCUCAUUGCAAUGACCUUUCCAUGCUUUCAAUGUGGCCCAUUUUGCCUGUUGGAGAUUGUCAUCUCUUCCAACUUGUUGAAAAUUCGAAUAUCAUUAAAAAUGAAAGUUGGAGUGAAAAUAUGUUCUCUCUUUUGCAGAAAGUAGGAUGUUUCUUCUUGAGGUCUGACAUUCAGAUACAACAUCCUCAGUUGAAGAAUUUUGUGCAGGAUCCAACAGCAGCUGGGAUCUUGAAUGCAAUACGCGCCAUUGCUCAAUUGCCUCAUGAUAUCAUGAAUCUUUUUGUUGAUACACUAGAAGGAGAGAUACAUGAAUUGAGGAGUUUUCUACUCCAAUCUAAGUGGUUCUCUGGCAACGUAAUGGAAACUCGGCAUACUGACAUGAUCAAGCUUUUGCCUUUGUUUGAAACAUACAGAAGUAGGAAAUUUGUCUCUUUGACUAAUCCUACCAAAUGGCUUAGACCACACGGCAUACACGAGUACCUUUUGGAUGAGAAUUUCGUUCGGACCGAAUCAGAAAGAGAAAAAUCCAUUCUCAAAAGUUACAUGGGUACUAGAGAGCCUUCAAAAGCUGAAUUUUACAAAGAUCAUGUUUUAAACCAUAUGCCAGACUUCCUUUCUCAGCCAACUGUGCUCUCUUCAAUUUUAUGUGAUUUGAAAAAUCUCAUUGAUGUUGACAAUUCCAUGAAAAUCGUCUUUGCAGAAUAUCCUUUUGUUUUAUCAGCUAAUGGAUGCUGGCAGUGUCCUGCAAGGUACCCUUAUUCACCACGUUUUCAUUCGUGCUGGCCAUGUGCUGCAUUUUGAUAGUUUAUGCUAAUUUAUUCUCCAAAUAUGUUUUCGACUUGGUGCUUUAGUGUAGCAGUUUUAAGUGGUUGUAUGCUUCCAUUCUAAGAACGACGAAAAAAAAUCUAGUAAGAAAGUUUUUUGGCCUAGCAUAAGAGAUCCGGAUGACCUAUUGAUUGUUUCCAGCUUCGGGUUAUAAGAUUGGGCAUUUGGAAUGGUCAACUCUGCGAGAGUCUUAGCCAAUUGAUAUAUACCGGAUUGACUAUAGGUGUCAGACGUUAGUUUUAGCCAGGAAAAAAAACAUUUAGACGGGUCAACUGAGUCCGAAAGGACAGUUUGUUCUGGACAGGUUGACUAAGGUGGCUCAUGGUAGCCUGGGUAAUUGACAUGUCAACCUUGGGCCCAAGAGGGACGAUCUUGCUACUGUAAAAAUCACGACCUAAAAUAUUUUUUUAUAAUAUGAUGGAAAAUAUGACAAGGGGAUUUUCAUCAUCAAAGCACUGAGCUUAAGGUUCACCACUCUACUUUUGCCUUCUGAAACUCAUUAAUGACAUAAACCUCCGUAUGAUCCUUUUCAUAGGCACCUUUUCGAUUUUCUAAGAGUUCCACCAAAUCCCGUAUAGGAUUUCUGGCAAGGGUCGUGAGGCCUAAAGUUGGGCUGCCCUGAAAGAAUGCCAUAUGUAUGUAUGUUAUAUAAUCGAGUGAGGAGGAUUCACUAAUUAAUCAUGCAUUAACGUGUCAUUGUCGUCAGUAUGGAACUUCGUCUAUUUCGGAAAUUUGAAUCUCCUCUCGCCUAAUGGCGAAAUUGGUACAUCUUUUGAGUGUUGAUAGAAACUUGGCCACCGGCUGCAGUGGAUUUAUCAGGUCGCCUGUUUAACUAGUGGUCCAAUUUUUAUUUGUGUGUAAGAUGCAAGGGAGGGGUAUUACAUUUCUUUUUCAAUGUGUGACAAUUACAUCAGUUUUCAUUCUCUUCAAAAUCAUGUCAGUCGUGUAUUGCAAAGACAACCUCAGUAGUACACCCAAUCGUUGCUACUUGUCUACUGGUACCUUAUUUUUGCUAUCUAGAAGCUGGAAUAGAUUGCCUAAGCUUUGAUCGCAUCAGUGGCCGCAUCAGUGACCUGACUUCACAGUGGAAUAUUUAGUGUUAUGAACCUCUGAGUCAAGAUUUUUCUUGUUGGUUAUAACUCAGGUAGGGAUCAGCUACUUCUGGCCUGAUUUUGGGAAUAUAAGAUUCUGGGAACAGUUGGCAAAAUAAUCUAAAAGCAAUAAUAUCCUGAAACUUGGAAUUAAUGAAAUUACCUGUAAUAUUUUAUAUUAUGAUCCUUUAUGUCUGAGAUAAGUAUGAGUAGGUUUAUAUGAUGCAUUUCAGCGAAUAGCAUUGAAAUUUAUGUGAUUAGAUUUUUUUAUUUUUAUUUUUUGAGUUUCAAUAUGAACUUUUUUGAUACCUCCAGAAGAUCUGUGGAAUUCGAAUUGCUUCAUGAGAAAUUUCAUUUCAUACUUAGAAUCAAAUUACGGUUGGUUUCAGGCUUUAUGAUCCCCGUGUUCCGGGCUUAAAGAAACUACUUCACAAUCAUUACUUUCCUUGUGAUGAGUUUUCGAACACUGAAAUGCUCGAUAUACUGGCAUAUGUGGGACUUAAAUGUACUUUGGAUUUUACUGGUUUGCUGGACAGUGCGAGAUCAAUUUCUAUGCUGCACGAUUCUGGUGAUCCUGAUGCACUAAUUUUCGGGAAGAGGUUGCUUUCUUGUUUGGGUGCUCUGUCCUUAAAGCUCUCUUCGUGCUGCAAAGACAUGCAACAUAGCAGUAACGAUAGUGUGUUUCAUCUGGAGAAUGAUUUGAUGGUCACAGAACAUUCAGAAAAAGAUGUUUGUGAUGAUUGCAUGCAAUUGGAUUCAGAGGUUCAUGCGUGCCUUGGAGAUUUUAAUACCGAAUUUGAAGAUGAAUUCUGGUCAGAACUCAAAAAAAUUUCUUGGUGUCCAGUCUCUGUUAUUCCACCAAUGCAAGGAAUUCCAUGGUUCAGUUCGAAAAGCCUUGUGGCUUCUCCAGAUAUUACUAGACCCAAAUCCCAAAUGUGGAUUGUUUCAUCAAGAAUGAGGAUAUUGGAAUCUGAAUGUUCUCCAACUUACCUUCAGGAUAGACUUGGUUGGCUGGACCACCCUGAUAUCAGAAUUUUAUGUGCUCAAUUAAUCGCCAUCUCUAAAAUGUAUUACCAGCUUGAAUUGGACUCUGAAGAGAAAGCUUUUCUUGAUUCUCAAUUACAGAGGGAAAUUACUGCGCUUUACUUAAAAUUGCAGCACUUUGUUGGUCGUGAUGAUUUUAAAGUUGCAAAAGUUUCUCUUAGCAGUAGUCAAUGGGUGUGGGUUGGUGAUAAUUUUGUGUCAUCUUGUGCACUUGCAUUUGAUUCACCCAUCAAAUACCAUCCUUACUUGUAUGUUGUCCCGUCUGAGCUAUCAGGAUUCAGACCCUUACUUUUAGAAUUAGGUGUUAGGUCGACGUUUGAAGUUCUUGAUUAUUUGCACGUCCUACAACGCUUGCAUCAGGACCUCAAGGGCGAGUUAUUAUCACCUGAGCAGCUAAAUUUUGUUCUUUGCGUUCUGGAAGCAAUUUCAGACUGCUCUACAGAGAAGCCAUUGAAUGAUGGACUUUUGAGUUCACUAUUAGUUCCUGAUUUAUCUGGAGGCUUGGCAUAUGCAAAUGAUGUUGUGUAUAAUGAUGCGCCAUGGAUGGAAAAAAGCUGUCCUAAAAAGCUAUUUGUACAUCCAAGUGUUCGUGAGGAUCUAUCAAAGCAGCUGGGAUUACAAUCACUGCGUUCCUUGUCCUUUGUUGAUGAUGAGAUGACUAAAGAUCUGCCAUGCAUGGGCUAUAGUAAAAUCUCUGAGCUUCUUCAGUUGUAUGGAAACAAUCAGUUCUUGUUAUUUGAUAUCCUGGAAUUAGCUGACUGCUGUAACGCCAAGAAGGUUCACGUAAUAUAUGACAAGCGGGAGCAUCCUCGACAAUCCUUGCUACAGCACAACCUUGGUGAAGUUUUACUAAUUCUUAGAUGAUUAAUACUGUUUCUGACUGAGUCGUGAAACAUUUUUUGAGAAUUCUCUAAGAGUUCCUUUUCAUAUGUUUUUUCUAACAUUAGAUAAUUGUUUCUCAAUUCGGUUUGUAAUUUUUUGAAAAUGACAUCGUCCAGGUGAAUUUCAAGGUCCUUCUCUGUUAGCAGUUCUGGAGGGGACUACCUUAAGCCGGGAAGAGUUGUGCAGUCUGCAAUUGUCUCCUCCAUGGAAGCUUAGGGGGGCUACCCUUUAUUAUGGUUUAGCAUUGCUUAGCUGUCACUCAGUAUCAGAUCUUCUGUCAGUUGUUUCUGGUGGAUACCUCUACAUGUUUGAUCCUCUUGGUUUUGCUUUUUCCCCACAUUCAAAUACCAUACCAUCAGCGAAGAUGUUCUCAUUGAUAGGUACACAAUUUAACUUGGCAAUCAUGUACGCAAAGCAGAUAUCUCUUAUUUACUAUACAAAUUUCCUGCACAAGUUAAACAUAAAUGAUAUCCCUGGCAUUUCAUAUGAAUACAGUCUUCUUCACAUUUUCUGACAUUAUAGAGGUUGUAUGCAUAAAAUGGCACUAAUAAUGGUAAGCUUGCUGUCAAAUUUGGGGUCAUUAUCAGGCUGAUGCUCAAUCACGUGUGCUCUGGCCCUUUGUUUCAAAAGAUGGGUCCUAAAGGCCUGUGUCUUCUUGUAUCUUUAAGUAUUUUUCUUGCGAAGGUGCUAAUAGAUAAAACUAAACAUAUAAUAGUAAUUAGGAUCGUUUAAAACUCUAGCAAUUUGGUCGUGAUUGUCAUAGACAUGUGAUUCAUGUAUAAAACAUCUAUGCUGCAUUGCAGGUACUGAUUUGACAAAAAAAUUCCAGGAUCAGUUUCAUCCUAUGCUAAUGUAUGAAGAUGAGAUGUUUUCCAUUAAAGAUUCCACAAUUAUCCGGAUGCCUCUAUCAUCAAGACUUGCAGAAGAAUAUGGUGCUUCCUCAACGAGAGUAGAAGCAAUUUUUAACCAAUUUAUUGACCAUGGAUCUUCAACAAUUUUAUCCCUGAAAUCAGUUAUGAAGGUAUCGGAAAUAUUAUUCUACGAUUUUACAAUUAGAAAUGUUUGAAUGAUAUAUUAAAAUUGACAAUUUGGUGUAUCAGAUCUUUACCUGUGUUACUUGAAUUAGAUUUGUGUAUAGAUGUAUAUGCUUUAUUGAUAUUCCGUAAUUUUCAUCCUUGUUAUUGUGGAGCAUAGUGGGAUCAUGGUUUAUAAAAUUGGUCUGGCUUCUACAAAUCGAUCCAGCUUCUGAGCUCUGCAAUUUGUGCCAGGGUAUGUGCUGCAGAUGGGGCGGCCAAAUCUGCUGUACCCAUUCCAGUCCUACAUACCCUAGGAAAAUUUUCAGUAUAAGAACAGCCCGGGACAUUAAAACAUCCCAUCUUCUUCUGUGUGUUGCAUUUACAGAGAUGGCUAGAGGCCCAUAAUUUUUUUAUUUUGCCUAUUUCCUUCUUCUGCAGUAAUAAAUUCGGUGGUGGAAAGGGCUACUAGACAUUGGUGACAGAUUUUCAGCGGGGAUCAGAGUUCCCUCAAUAUCAGAUUGGGGACCCUUUUCAAAUUAGUCUCUUUUUAAAUGGAAGAAGUUAAACAUGUAGUUGAAAUAGUGGGCCUUUUUCACUCAUCAUGGUAUUGCAUGAUAUGAUUGAUUCUUUCACAUUUUUCACAUCUUUAAUUCUACGUUCUAGUUUGGGUAUUGUGCCCUUCCUAUGUUGUCCAGAUGAUAAGACCAUGAAAGAUUCUGUUUGCAUGUGAGGAUGCUUAUCAAAACAGUUUCGUGUUGAACGAGAGAAGUUGCACACUCGUGGUUAAACUAUAUGCCCACCCUACUUAUUACCAAUUCAGUUGAAUUAGAUGACCAGAUUCUCUUUUACACCAUUUGAAAUGAUUACAUUUUUUUAAUUUCCAUAUGCUUGGUCUAGUUUUAUAUUCAGAAGAUCACUCCAUUUCGUGGCAUUUCAAAAGCUAACAUCUUUUCUAUUGAUUUUAUACAACAUCUGUCACCUGGAGUCAGCAUUUUCACUUGUUAUUUAUAUUUCAGGUAUCCUUGUCGACUUGGGAGGUGGGAAAUCUGACUCCAUCGCUGGAUUAUUCUGUUUCUAUUGAUCCAAAAUCCGCCACUAUGAGAAAUCCUUUUUCCGAAAAAAAAUGGAGGAAAUUCCAUAUAUCCCGGUUGUUUAAUAGUUCAAAUGCUACUAUAAAGUCGCAUGUUAUGGAUUUACAUGUGUUUCAACGAGGAGAUGUUACCAUCAAUAAAUGGCUAGUUGUUCAUAGUAUGGGAUCUGGACAGACAAGAAACAUGGCCCUUGAUAGGUAUGUCUGUGAAUGAGUGUGAAGGUGUUCGUUGAUCAAAAAUCAUUUUUUUAUAGUUGGUUUUUGCCACCAUUGUUAUUUUCUUAAAAUGGAAUUUAAAUAUAGUUUAAAGAUAGCGGUUAGAUUUCACAUUUUUUCAUUUCUAUUACUAGGGAGUGUACGAGUAGGGGAGCGACUCGUACAUGUUAAAUAGUAGGGUGUAAUUUUUAAUAUUGUUUCGUUUCCCAUUUUACAGUAGUUGGCCAACCAACGUGAUGGUGCUGUCCACCAAGUAAAUUUUUUGCCAAUCAAACAAUCUUAGUUGAACGGCAAAAUAUGCAUCAUGCGUCCCCGGAUUGUGCAUUGUAAAGAAUUUAGUAGUCCACCUAUAGUUUCAUUUAUUAGUGGAAGGGUUGACUGAUUGAACAUGAACGAGUGGGGGAGCGAACGGAAUCAUUGUGAAAAGUUUUAUGGUUAAAAAUUAAAUAUCUCACUUUAAAAAUUAAACUUCUUAGAAGAUUCAAAGAGCUCUGUGUUUGAAAAACUAAACGCUGGAAAGUAGGGAAAUGGCUUUCUACACUUGUUGACUUUAUGCCCGACGCUAAUGUCUCACAUUUUCUCCAUCUUCUUAAAUUUCAUGUUUGUAUCUUCCCACUCAGUUAAAUUCUUGAGUUGAUGCUAAUUUAUGUCAAUAUUUAUAAUCCUUUAUUCGGCUGAAAUUCCAAUUUUCCUAGGAUUUAUACCAAACCAAACAUCAGAUUUUAAAACAACAUAGAUUUUUAUAUUUUUUUGCAAAGUAGGUCUAAUAGUCUGACCUGAUUUUUAGUUGGAUUCUGUCUAUUUUUAGUAGCGCAUUGCUGAUUCUUAAUAUAUUUUUCAGGCGAUAUGUUGCUUAUAACCUAACACCUGUAGCUGGAGUUGCAGCACACAUAUCUCAAAAUGGGAUGCCAAUUAAUCAACGCUCAUCCAGCUGUGUCUUGUCUCCCCUUCCUCUUUCUCAAAAAAUAAAUUGGCCUGUCACUGCUAUGGGAUGUUUCCUUGUUUGUCACACUGGUGAACGGUAUCUUUUCAAUAAAGAAGGUGGUGCAACUAUUUCCAAACUUCACCUUGACUCCACAAAACAACUCAUGGAAGCUUGGAACAAGGAACUUAUGUUUUGUGUUCGUGAUUCAUAUAUUGAAAUGGUGUUGGAGCUCCAAAAGCUCCAAAGAGAUCCUUUGAAUCCAAGUACUGAGACCAAUAAUACUGCUUCCUUGAGUUCCAUUCUUUGUGCUUAUGGUGAUAGUGUCUACUCAUUUUGGCCAAGAACACCUCAAAAACCUUCUCCUGAUCAACCCAUUCCUUUCAAUAAUGACACAUGUUUAGCAGAAGCAAAUGAAGUAGAUUGGCAAUACAUGAUUCAAUAUGUAAUAAGGCCUUUCUAUGAGCGUAUUGUUGACCUUCCUGUUUGGCGGUUAUAUCGUGGAGACAUAGUUAAAGCUAACGAGGGUAUGUUCCUUUCACAAUCAGCGAAUGAUACAGGUUGCGGGCUUCCCCCUGCCAAUGUAUGCAGCUUCGUCAAGGAACACUAUCCUGUUUUUUGUGUUCCUUCAGAAUUAGUCAGUGAAAUACAGGCUGUUGGGUUUAAGGUGAGAGAAAUCAAGCCCCAGAUGGUUCGGUCUUUGCUCAAAGCCUCUAGAUCAGUUGCACUUCGGUCUAUUGAUAUAUAUUUAGAUGUCUUGGAUUAUUGUUUGUCUGAUAUCGAGCAUCUGCUGUCAUCUAACGAGAGUGAAGCUGAAUCUUCUAGUCAACGUAUUUGUGUGGAGCCAGUGGGUAGAAUUCACGCAGAAAAUCAUUCUACUCUUAGGAACCAAACCUCUUCUUUGCAAGACCCAGAUUUUCAUAGAACUCGUCAUUUCAUUUCCCACGAUAAUCCAGGAAGCGAUGCACUGGAAAUCGUUGGUAGCUUUGGUAGAGCCUUAUAUGAUUUUGGCCGUGGAGUUGUUGAAGAUAUUGGCAGGACUGGUCAUCUAGUUCAAAGUACUACUGUCACAGAUGACAAAGUAUACUCUAGAAAGCCCUUGCAAUCAAUAGCUCAUGAGUUAAAAGGAUUGCCUUUUCCAACUGCAAAAAAAAAUCUUUCCAGGUUAGGAAUUACCGAACUUUGGAUUGGAACAAAGGAGCAGCAGUCGCUAAUGCGCCCACUUGCGGACAACUUUAUUCAUCCAGAGUGUUUGGAGCGUCCAGCAUUGUCUGUAUGCCUGCUGAAAAAUACCAUUCAUAGCAUUUUGAAAUUAGAGUCGUUUUCUCCUUACCUAUUGUCGAAACAUCUGAGAUCCCUUUUCAGCGAACAUUGGGUAGAUCAUGUUCUAGAAUGCAAUAGGACUCCAUGGAUUUCUUGGGAGAAGAAAACAGAAUCCCUGGAUGGUCCAUCAGCAGAGUGGAUUAAGUUAUUUUGGGGAAUUUUUAAUGCCAUGCAUGGAGAUCUUUCACUUGUCUCUGAAUGGCCAUUUAUUCCAGCUUUUCUUAAUAGAUCAAUCUUAUGCCGUAUCAGGGAGUGCAACCUGGUGUUCAUUCCUCCAGUUAUUGAAACAACUUUUGAAGUUCCAUUAGGUACGAAUUUUGACACCAGUGGUAUUCUCUAUUCUUCAGAGAACAGUGAUGGUGAGUCUGACAUGACAAAAUUGUACAUUACCUCCUUUGAGAUGACCAAAUCAAGAUACCCAUGGUUGUUUCUGCUGCUUAAUCAAUGUAAUAUACCAGUUUAUGAUAUGACUUUCUCAAAUCAAGGUGCCCCAGAGAUUUGUUUCCCUGCCCUUGGUCAAUCCCUUGGACAAGUAAUUGCCUCUAAGCUACUUGCUGCCAAGCAGGCUGGUUAUUUUUCUGAGCCAGAUCCUUUUUCACAUGAAGAUCGUGAUAGAUUGUUUAACCUCUUUAUGUCAGAUUUCAAAUCGUCUGCUGGCUCUUUUUACAAAAGAGAAGAAAUCGAUGUUUUACGAGUACUUCCAAUUUUUAAAACAGCCGUUGGAAGCUACACACAAUUAUGCAAUGAUGACCAAUGUCUCAUUCCUUCAGAUGCAUUCUUCCACCCAAAAAGUGCAAUUUGCCUCUCUAGUUCACGGGAUGAGAGCCUUUUUUACCGAUCUCUCGGGGUAAAUGAGCUACAGAACCAUGAAAUCUUGGUGCGAUUUGCAUUGCCUGGGUUUGAAGAGAAAACUUCGAAGGAACAAGACAACAUUUUGAAGUAUCUAUAUAUGAAUUGGCAAGAUAUACAUUUGGAUUCUCGUGCCAUUGAGACUCUAAAAGAAACUCAUUUUGUACGAAAUGCAAAUGAACUUUGCUCACAACUGUUUAAGCCUAGAGACCUUCUUGACCCUUGUGAUCCCUUACUGAUGUCAGUGUUCUCUGAGGAGAGGAACAAGUUUCCUGGUGAACGGUUUACUUCUGAUGGAUGGCUCAGAAUAUUGAAGAAAACAGGGAUUAGAACAUCUUCAGAUGCAGAUGUGAUAGUUGAAUGUGCAAGAAAGUUAGAGCUUCUUGGGAAAGAAAGUAUGAAAUGUUUAGAAAAUAAUAAUGACACGGAUUCAGAAUUCUGGUGUUCUUCGAAAGGGAUAUCAUCAGAAUUAUGGUCACUAGCAGCAUCUGUUGUUGAGACAAUAUUUGCAAACUUUGCAGUUUUAUAUGAUAAUUCCUUCUGUGGUUUGCUCAGCACAAUUGCAUUUGUACCUGCUGAAAAGGGUUUUCCAAGCAUCGGUGGCAAAAAAGGAGGGAAAAAAGUGCUUUCUUCAUUCAGUGAAGCAAUUUUGUUGAAGGACUGGCCUUUGGCCUGGAGUUGUUCUCCAAUAUUAGUAAAGGAGAAUGUUGUUCCUCCAGAAUUUGCUCGUGGAGCAUUGCGGUUUAGGAGUCCCCCAGCAUUUUCUACAGUACUGAAGCAUUUACAGGUAACUGAAAAUCCAUUGUUGAGGUUCUCAAUCUUCUAGUUGGAACUUUGCUGAUGAGAACUGCUUUCAGGUUGUUGGAAGGAACAAUGGUGAAGAUAUUCUUGCUCAUUGGCCAGCAUCAAUUGGCAUGAUGACAGUUGAAGAAGCUUGUUGUGAAAUUUUGAAAUACUUGGAUAGAAUUUGGAAAUCUCUUUCUUCUUCAGGUCAGGUCUAUUGCUUACAUCCGAUAUUUUUUUCUGAGAGAAAGGUUCCAUCCCGUUUUAAAAUUAUAGAUGUAUUAUGCAAGGGCAAGUCUCUCAACAUGUAUAUGUUAUGUGCACAUUCUACUCCAAUACCCCUUGUUUCAAGUGCUGAGAACAGAGGAUAGAAUGAACAAUACUUUUUCGGAAUUAAACAAAAUGUCCUUGCCGCUUUCCUUAGGGCGAAUAUUUUUGGGUUACAACUUCAGAAACUGUCUGAAGUAGUCUGUAAAUGAUUGUAACUUUUUGAGCAUUACCCUCGCUUUACCCGCACAUUGUGAAAGCUAUCUCCCCCUUUUUGACUGGCUGUGAUGAAGCGUUUGAAAUCAAUAAUUUUCUGUGACAUUUUAGCGGAGGCAUCUCAAGAUCCUUACUAAAUAUCUGAACAUAAUUUAGCCAUUUGCAUGGGACUGCUAAAGUCAGUGAUUCCAUGACAUAGUUCUUGAUCUUUUUGGUCAAGUGCGUCCCGGUCGGUUCUAGCCAACCUUUCAGUGUUUUACAAUUCCUUAUGGAGGAUACCCAUGCCAUGCUGAUGCAAAUUCCAUGUCGCCACGGUUUCCUGGUCCCACAACUGAAACAACAUUUUAAUUGACUUUUAGCCACAUAAAGGUAUGCUUCUUAGGAAAUUUGAGGAGUAGAUCUAGGGCGACUUCCCAUCUUAAGAUUCUUCUUUAUCAUUAUUAACCUCACCUGUGUGCUUCUCCACCAUCUCAUGUUUUAAAAGAAAAGUCGGGUUUUUAUUUUCACCCUCACCUUUCAAUUGACGUUUUCAGUAAAUGGUCCAAGUCUUUUCUCAUUACCCACAAAACCAUGGCCUAAGUUUUUUAAAUGGCCACAAGUAGCAUGCAUUUGCAUUUAUGAGUGUCUUGAUUUCGUAUAGAACAUAUUUGAAAGUGCAAGCUGCAAGCUGCGAAAAACAAAUCGGUCCCAGGGACUAGCAUGGUGCAUAGAUUACCAGCUGAACAGGAAAGCAUGUAAUGUGUCGCCAAAAUUUUAAUGACUAUGAACCUUUUAUAUAUACAGUAAAUCUCUUCAUUUCAAAUGAUAGUGUACUUCAUUGUGGCUUAGUUUGGAAAAAUGAGAAUAUUUUAAAGAAUGAUAGUGUACUUUUAAGAAAUCAGAAAUUUUGCGUACUCCAAACUUUCUGGCCACUGUAUGGCGUCCCCAUCAGCAAGAGGGGACCUCCUACUUAUUUCCAUGCGCUAACUUUAUGCAGUUUGACUUAGGAAACAUUCCCAUUUUUAGUAAGAAUACUUGGAUUCCAUAUUUCUUAAGCCCAUGAGGAGUUGAUUUACCGACAGGUUUUCAUAAGGUCUAAAUUCUUUAUUUAUUUUCUUUAUAAAUUAUGCUUUUACGACUCAAAGUUUUAGUGACAUGUUGUGUCUAUAUUGGGAAAUCUAGGCACAUAAAUCUGAAGUUCUUUUAAUCCGCAGAUAUACAAGAGUUGCAGAAGGUGGCAUUCAUUCCAGUAGCAAAUGGAACUCGUUUGGUCACUGCAAAUUCUCUGUUCGUUCGUCUCACAGUCAACCUGUCUCCAUUUGGUUUUGAACUUCCUAGUCUGUAUCUUCCAUUUGUUAGAAUUCUCAAGGACAUAGGGAUUCGGGAGCUUCUGUCUGUCGCAUAUGCCAAGGAUCUUCUUCUAAACAUCCGAGAAUUGUGUGGAUAUCAGCACCUGAAUCCAAAUGAAUUACGUGCUGUUAUGGAGCUUCUGCAUUUCAUUUGUAAUGAAACAAGUUUAUCAAGAUUAAAUAGUUCAGAGUGGUUCCCUGAUGCCAUAGUCCCAGAUGAUGGCUGCAGGCUCGUCAUGGCAAAGUCAUGUGUCUAUGUUGAUGUCCACGGAUCACAAUUUCUCACUAGCAUAAAUACUUCCAUGCUGAGAUUUGUUCAUCCACAGCUUCCUGAAAAGAUGUGCCUAGCCUUAGGUGUCAAGAAGCUUUGUGAUGUUGUCGUGGAGGUAAGAUAUCUUUGCAUGGGAACUUGUUCUGUAUGAACUUCAUAUAAAUAUUUUCUGGAGGGAAAGAAAUAGAGGAUCAUUUUAUAUGCUUUUACAGUGGCUUAGAAUUAUUUAUCUCAAUCUGUUGCAGGAACUGGAAGAACAUCAGCAAUUGGUUGUUCAGGAUGAGAUUGGACUGGUUCCAUUGAAGAGAAUGAGAGAUAAACUUCUGAGCAAAUCAUUUUUGGAAGCACUCUGGUUUAUCGUCAACAGCUCGGUUGACCGCAUGCCCUUGUUAGAAGGCUUAACGUGGGAGGAUUUACAGUCGUCGCUUCAUUGCAUUUCCAAGAAAUUACAGUUCGUACAAUACAUCCACACACGCUUUCUAUUAUUACCAAGAUUGUUGGACAUUACUCGGAAAGGAAACUUCUUCAUCAUCCCUGAAUGGGAAGACACUGCUACAAGACACCGAACAACCCACUUUGUGGACAAGUCAAGGGCUCGUAUCUUAGCGGCCGAGCCUCCGAGCUAUAUGUCAAUCUAUGAUGUUAUGGCAGCUGUUGUGAGCCAGGUUCUGGGCUCACCCACCGCAUUGCCCAUUGGGCCCCUUUUUUCCUGCCCUCCAGGAUCUGAGAAAGCCAUUGUGAGGCUGCUUAGAAUGGGCUCUGAAGGGAAAGUUGCUAAAAAUGAAAGUAAGAACGGUGUAUCAGUAGGCGAAGAACUGUUGCCUCAGGAUGCCCUCCAGGUACAGUUCCACCCACUACGGCCAUUCUAUGCAGGGGAGAUAGUCGCUUGGAGGUUAGGCAAGGAUGGGGAGAAGCUGAAGUAUGGUAAAGUGCCUGAAGACGUCAGGCCGUCCGCUGGGCAAGCUCUUUAUAGAUUUUCUGUGGAGACUGCAUCUGGGAAAACUCAAACCUUACUUUCCUCCCAAGUCUUCUCCUUCAGAAGCGUUUCGAUGGCUGAUGCAAGUUCGACAUCUCAGAAGGCAAAAGAGUCGUCUGAGCAGGUGUCUACGGGUGUUGUGUCUCAGGCGGCUUCAUCUGAGCAGGUAAAACCUUUGAAGAGCGACUUCUUUGAAAUGCUUUUGAAUAUACGAUUUUUGGGGUGUUCAAUUGAAAAGGGUACUGUUGUUCUGUACGACAGCUGGGCCAAGGGAUGCAGUAUGGGCGAGUGUCUGCGACAGAGUUGGUCCAAGCCGUACAUGACAUGCUUUCGGCAUCCGGGAUCAGCAUUGACACCGAGAAGCAGGCAUUGAUGCAGAUGAAUCUGACCCUUCAAGAACAGCUCAGAGAAUCCGAAGUUUCUCUCCUUGUCGAGCAGGUCUGCAUCACCCAUAUCUGUCAGUUUUCUUCUAAAGUCAACUCCGUCUACGUCAGGUUUCUCAUGUGAUUGCAUUAAAUUACCCUCUCUAACUACGGUUUCCACCCACAUCUGGAGAGCUGCAUGCGCCUGUUUAAAGCAAACAGACCCCCCAGUCUAUCUAACGGAUCCGCGGCAUUUUUCAGGAGAAGGCUGAUUCGGCGGUGAAAGAAGCUGAUGCCGCCAAGGCGGCAUGGCUAUGCCGGAUUUGUCUUGCCGCCGAGGUUGAGAUUGCGACAAUUCCCUGUGGCCAUGUCCUCUGCCACAGAUGCUCGUCUGCUGUUUCUCGAUGCCCGUUCUGCCGGGUCCAGGUCUCCAAGACCAUGAAAAUUUUCCGUCCCUGA